AUGGCAAAGAGUGUUCGAGCCAGUGUUUCCAAGCGCAACAGGGCCAAACUCCGCGCCACAGUCUUUGGCCCUGCUGCUGAUGCGCGGACAGAGAGGCUCUCUGCAAAGUUGAAAGAGCUGGCUUCUCAGCCGAUUAUCAGAGAACACAAAACUUCAAGUAUGGAAUUGGAUUUUACAGGAGCUGGUAGCCAAGUCAAAUCUACAGACAGCAAACAAUCAGUAAUAAAAGAAGACAUGGACGUCGACACAAUGUCUGUUAAGCAUACUCAAAGUCGCUCUAAGAAGUCAGGACGUGUUCAAAAACGCAAGAAGCCCCGUUCCUCCAUUGUCUUCCAAUCACAUCCUUCGAAAACAAAGAAGGGAUCUCAAAGGAAGUGA